AUGUCGUUGAGCCCCAAGCACACGACGCCCUUCUCUGUGUCCGACAUCCUGAGCCCCAUCGAGGAGACCUACAAGAAGUUCGGCGGCGUCAUGGACGGUGCGCCGCCUGGCCUGGGGGCGCCCCUGGGGGCCGCCGCUACCGCGGCGGCGGCAGCGGCAGCGGCGGCGGCAGCGGCGGCGGCCGCCACCUACCACAUGCCUCCCGGCGUCUCGCAGUUCCCGCACAGCGCCAUGGGCAGCUACUGCAACGGCGGCCUGGGCAACAUGGGUGAGCUGCCCGCCUACACGGACGGCAUGCGGGGCGGCGCGGCGGCCGCGGCCACCGGCUGGUACGGCGCCAACACGGACCCGCGCUACUCGUCAAUCUCCAGGUUCAUGGGGCCGUCGGCGGGUGUGAACGUGGCCGGCAUGGGUUCGCUGACCGGCAUCGCGGACGCCGCCAAGUCUCUGGCACCGCUGCACGCGGCCGCGCCGCGAAGGAAGCGCCGAGUGCUCUUCUCGCAAGCUCAGGUCUACGAGCUGGAGCGGCGCUUCAAGCAGCAGAAGUACCUGUCGGCGCCCGAGCGCGAGCACCUGGCCAGCAUGAUCCAUCUGACGCCCACGCAGGUCAAGAUCUGGUUCCAGAACCAUCGCUACAAGAUGAAGAGACAGGCCAAGGACAAGGCGGCACAGCAGCUGCAACAGGAGGGCGGCCUGGGUCCUCCACCGCCUCCGCCGCCGCCGUCGCCGCGCCGCGUGGCCGUUCCGGUGCUGGUGAAGGACGGCAAGCCGUGCCAGAACGGCGCGGGCACCCCGACGCCUGGCCAGGGCGGCCAGCAGCCGCAGGCCCCGACGCCCGCGUCAGAGCUCGAGGAGCUUUCGCCCAGCCCGCCCGCUCUGCACGGUCCGGGGGGCGGCUUAGCGGCCCUGGACACGGCCACCGGGGACUAUGGCGGAGGCGUGCUCGGCGCCAACCUGCUCUAUGGCAGAACGUGGUGAUGAGCCCCCGGGGGUCUGCCUGCGACUCGCAGGAUCCGCCAAGAAACUGCAAGAACGGAUGGGGAAAUGUACAGAAGCUGGCCCUUUAGUGCAUGGAGAUAAGAACGAAUGAGUCGCGAAGAGGGUCAGUCUGCUCUGAACCUCUUUACUGGGGGUGGGA